UGGAGACUGAGCUACAUUUUACACACGGAGAGAAACGAGCUUCCUCAGGGACGUGCGCAUGCACACACACACACACACACUGAGACAGAGCGACACUGAAGUACUUCAGUUAGUGGAAGUGAAGCAACUGACAGACACACAGCUGCAUCAACAUCAGUGACGACAUGGAGGAUUUAACAUUUGGGUUUCUGAGGUCGUGUGUCAUCGGUCAUGGCGCUGGUCCAUUCUCUGGCCGUGUCCACUAACCGUCCAGGACCAGGCCUGAUGGGAGCGAUGGGUGCCGUCAGCAGCAUGAUGCAGAGUCACAUCUCUUAUCCUGACCGUGCUAACAUUGAGGUCAGCACCAGAUUCGGUAAGGGCACGCCGGGCUCGGGACGCCUGCUGUCCGAAUCCUCACAGAGAAGUCAGACUCCGUCCAGCAGGAGGAGGAACGUCGCCGGCAGAGCCCAGGGCUUCGGGACUCGCUCAUAUUCACACCAGGACUUGAUAAGAGACUCGAACCAUAAUCAUCUGUAUGAGGACUCGGCUUGUGUGGACGCACCCCCGAGACUGGUCCCAGUGUCUGGACAACUAGAAAGAAACAUUCAGCAGGCCAUAAUCAGACCCAGUGCCUUCAAACCCGUGGUCCCUAGGAGCCGUGACGGCGUGCAGUACCUGUCCCCGCGGCUCGGAGCCGGUCUGUCGGGAAGCCAAGGAAACCUCAGCAUGAGUUCUCCAGAAGAUGAAGACGUCUCGUCCGUGACGAAGGAGAGGCGCAGCACUUACAGCGGCGCUCGCGAUGCUCUGUUCAGCCAGUCCUUUACCAUGAGCCAGAACCAGAGCCAGAACCAGAGCCAGAGCCAGAGCGAGGCCAGUAAACAUCACGGACACUCCAACUCGGACAGCGGCCGCUCCUCGUCCAGCAAGAGCACGGGCUCCCUGAGCGGCCGCGGGCCCCUGCUGACCGAACCGCUGUCCCCGGCACCCAUCCAGACCUACGAGACCAUCGUCAGAGACCUGGAGGACAAGCUGAGGGAGCGAGACCUGGAGCUGCAGCAGCUCCGAGAAAACCUGGACCACAACGAAGUAGCCAUCUGUCAGGUGUACGAGGAGCGUCACAAGCACACGGAGCUGGACAUGGAGGAGUUCAGACAGACGUGUGCAGCGAAGAUGCAGAAGGCGUCUCAUAAAGCGCAGCGCGAGCAUCAGCUCCUGCAGCUCCAGGUGUUUCAGCUGCAGCAGGAGAAGAAGAAGCAGCAGGACGACAUGACACAGCUCCUGCAGGAGCGCCAGAGACUCGAGGAGCGCUGCGUCUCCUACGAACAAGAACACACACAGCUGGGGCCCAGACUGGAGGAGACCAAGUGGGAGGUGUGUCAGAAGUCUGGAGAGAUCUCCCUGCUGAAGCAGCGGAUGAAGGAGCUGCAGGGGGAUGUGGCGCAGCGUGUCGGUGAGCUGGUGACGCUGCGUGGACAGCUGCGAGAGGUUCGAGUCGAGCUGCAGACGUGUCAGAGUCAGCUGCAGGAGGCGCACACAGCCUCACACACACGGACGCUGGAGCUCGAGGUCUGCCAGAACGAACUGCAGCGCCACAAGAGCGAGAACCAGCUGCUCCGGGACAGAAUAAGCCGUCUGGAAGACGAGUCGUCUCGCUCGAGCACCGAUGACAGCGAGGAACUGAAGGCACACAAGCAGCAGAACGAACGUCUGACGGCGGAGCUCGCUUACGAACACCAGCACUCCUCGGAUCAGGCGUCUGCGUUCGGGAGCGAGAGAAAGAGCUGGGAGGAGGAGAAGGAUAAAGUGAUUCGCUAUCAGUCUCAGCUGCAGCAGAACUACGUGCAGAUGUACAAGAGGAACCGAGAUCUGGAGCGAUCGCUCCGUCAGCUCAGCCUGGAGCUGGAGAACCGGGAACAGGACGAUGACAGCAGCGGGAACGAAGUCACGUUCGACGACAUCACUGCGACCGAGAUCUGAAACGAGCAAUC